AUGAUCAAAGUGGAACAAGAGGCGCAAAAUACUGAAUCGCACACUCAUGAUAUGCGCGUGGAUAUUAAUGCAAGGAAAUUCUAUGCACAGCGCAACAUGUACUUGACAGGAUUCACGUUAUUCCUUUCAUUAAUUCUCAAUCGAACUUAUGCUCUUAUCCUGGACCUGUUUGCGUCUGAGGAAAAACUAGAGACUAUAAAGAAACAAGCUGCUGAUCAAUCCAAAGAACGUUUACGUCUCAGUGAUUCCGAGUCUCAACUACAGAACGACAUUGAAACUCUCCAGAAAGAACUCGAAGAAGAGCAAAAGAAAAGUAGGGACUUUGAGAUAUUGAAGAAACAAGCCAAACAACAAUCUGAAGAGUACCAGCGUAUGGCUGAGGAAUACAGCAAAUUAGAAAAGGAAUUAAAGCGAAGAGAUGGCGAAGUUGAUAAAUCCAAGUAA